UCCAAAUCAUGUGAUUCAGGUGUUCCAAUCCCCUCCAUAUCAUGUGAUUCUGGUGUUCCAAUCCCCUCCAUAUCAUGUGAUUCAGGUGUUCCAAUCCCCUCCAUAUCAUGUGAUUCAGGUGUUCCAAUCCCCUCCAUAUCAUGUGAUUCAGGUGUUCCAAUCCCCUCCAUAUCAUGUGAUUCAGGUGUUCCAAUCCCCUCCCAUUCAUGUGAUUCAGGUGUUCCAAUCCCCUCCAUAUCAUGUGAUUUAGGUGUUCCAAUCCCCUCCAUAUCACGUGAUUCAGGUGUUCCAAUCCCCUCCAAUCAUGUGAUUCAGGUGUUCCAAUCCUCUCCAUAUCAUGUGAUUCAGGUGUUCCAAUCCCCUCCAAUCAUGUGAUUCAGGUGUUCCAAUCCUCUCCAUAUCAUGUGAUUCAGGUGUUCCAAUCCCCUCCAAUCAUAUGAUUCAGGUGUUCCAAUCCCCUCCCAAUCAUGUGAUUCAGGUGUUCCAAUCCCCUCCAUAUCAUGUGAUUCAGGUGUUCCAAUCCCCUCCCAAUCACGUUUCUCUGUCUGGCAAUCUGAUAGACAUGUCGGGGUUUGGCGGUUGCCA